AUGGAAAGGAUCAAAAAUGAAGAGUCCACGCAAAAAGCACGCCGGGCCUUCACCCUCAGAAGCGUAGCCCGGCGCGACACUACUACAAGAUCCGACGGUGGCGGCGGAAAGGGACCCAUUGGCCUCACAACCUUGUUCGAGCCCAGUGUGCCGGGUAUCGCUGACUUGAUCUUCGUCCAUGGGUUGAACGGAGGGUCCUACAGUACCUGGACGCAAGACGAUGACCCUGACAAGUUCUGGCCAGCUAAAUGGCUCCCCCACGACGAAGCUUUUCAGGAUGCGCGGAUCCAUACGUUUGGGUACAACUCGAGCUGGGCGCAGGAGAGCGUCCUGAACAUCCAGGAUUUUGCUUCAUCUUUACUCCUUUCUUUGAAGGAUUGCCCAACCAUACCGAGAGAAGAAUGGGAUUUCGCCUCCAUCUCUCAGCGCGUAAACUCUGUUUAUUUUCUUGCAACUCCUCAUCAUGGAUCCGACAUGGCCGAGGUCCUCGCCCGCGUCUUCGCUAUGGCUGGCGAACGUCCAUUCGUCAAAGAAUUGACGCGAAAUUCGCCCACUAUUCAGGCCAUCAACAACGAGUUUCCGGAGCAGGCCAAUGAGAUUCGACUCUUCUCAUUCUUUGAGACGAAGCCUAUGAGUUACGGAAUCGGAAAGAGCCUUGUUGUGGAAAAGCAAAUGGCUCAGCUCAACUACGCUAAUGAAACGACUGAUUAUCUCGACGCGAAUCACCGUGACGUAGCUCGGUUUUCGUCCAAACUUGAUUCUUCCUACAUCAAGAUCCGGAACUCUCUGGCAAAAACAAUAGAGUCGUUACGAAGGGGUCGUCAUGUCGCUCGUCAGCGCCGCGUCGAUGACCAAAGACAGAUAGUCGAGGCAUUUCUGGGCGUUACCGGUAGCCCAGAAACAACACUGUCCGAGAUAGCCCGCUCGUAUCUGGACGGCUCGCUCUCGUGGUUCCUCGAAAAGCCCACCUAUUCCCAAUGGACAAAAGACCCGAACACGAGUACUCUCUGGGUACAAGGUAAGCCGGGUGCCGGCAAAACGAUUCUCUCGAGCUUAGUGAUCAGGGAGCGGAGGGCCAGCUUGACUGGUCAAGACUGUUGCUUCUACUUUUUCGUCCAUAGCGACGUGCAGCAGUGUACGAUCUCUGCAUUCCUACUUUCCCUGGCGUGGCAACUCGCGACAAGCAACGAGGAUGUCAUGUCGGCCGUCUGUGACGCUGCAAGCCUUUGGAAAGGCCACAAGCCCGGAACGGUAGAUCACAGAUCCAUCUGGCACCGCCUCUUCCUUGAUCGGAUAUUCAAAACAAAACCUCGCCGCACAUACCACCUUGUCGUGGAUGGUCUUGACGAGUGCAAGAAUCCUUCUGAACUGGUCGACCUUCUUUUUAGGGCUCAGGAGCUUUGGCCCUUCUCAAUCUUCAUUACGUCCAGGGCCAAUUUUGGGGUUGCUCAUCCCCUCGAGGCACAAAGCCAUGUGAUCUCAGAGCAUCUCCAAGAUGCUGAGAUUGAAGAAGGCAUUUCUCGCUUCAUACAACUGAAUCUGAACUCCAUUCCCGACACCUCUCAUGAGGCAAGGGAGAAGACGGGGCGAACCAUUCUAGCCAAGUCAUCGGGCUGCUUUCUUUGGGUCAAGCUUGUCUUCACUCAGCUUCAACAAGCAGAUUCAAAAGCCGAUGCCCAGCGGAUCAUCGAUUCUGUACCACCAGGGAUGGAUGCCCUCUAUCGACGCAUUCUUGUCUCCAUGGCAGGUGACCAGCACAGCCAACCUUUGGCCAAGGCUAUCCUCAAAUGGGCAGCCUACUCGUCUAGACCGUUGAGAAUCGAGGAGCUUCAGUCAGCACUAGAGAUAGAUAUCAACGACGAGAUUCCGCACAUGGAAAGGGUUGUCUCCAGACGUUGUGGCCAUCUUGUCUACUUCGAUAUAUCUGUCCGGGACGCCCUGAGGCCGAUGAAAUUUCGUCGAAGCAGCGCUGACCAGACGCAAAGCAUGGCGCUGAUGGAUUAUGCGAGCACUGCUGUUUUCGACCACAUUGCGAAAUCCGGGGAAUAUGCUUCCGAACUCAUUCAACCCUUGGCGGCGUUUUUGGCAUCCUCCAAUGUCCUCGCGUGGAUAGAAUACUUGGCUUCACAGUCGCGCUUGGGAAGACUGUUACAGGCGGGCAAAACUAUAUCUCGUCUUCUCAAGCAGAACGAUCUCACGUCGAUCACCGGACUGUCAAAAGAUACAAAGACACUGGAAGGCUGGGAAACUGACCUUGUGCGCCUGGUCUCCAAGUUUGGUCGGCAACUCCGCGCUCGUCCGAGCGCCAUCCGAAGCCAGAUCCCCCCUUUGUGUCCUGAUGACUCUAUAAUUCAUCAGCAGUUUGUCUCAACUCGAGAUCUACACAUUGUGGGAAUUUCGAAUACAGCCUGGGAUGAUUGUGCUUCGGUCAUCAACCAACGGCGUGGAGAGACGAUCACGGCGGUUGCGAGCUCGACACGAUUCCUCGUAACUGGAACCAUGCUCGGCCGAGAAGCCAUCAUCUACGACGAAUCUACCUACCAGGAGAUCCGACGACUGAACAUUGAAGAGCCACCAAUGAUAAUUUCUAUGAGUUCGAAGGAGAAAUAUUUGGCAACGGCGGGGCCGAAGUCCGUUAAGAUCUGGUCUGUUGCAUCAUGGACUCUACUCACGUGCAUCCCAACUCCGGUGCGAUGCCUCUCACUUGCCUUCAUUGAAGAAGACGAGCUCCUUGCCAUCGCGAUGACAAAUAACCAGUUCGUCUUUUGGGAUAUUCAGGCCGACGAGAUGGUUGACGGAGCCCGUUGGACGGAUGCCGAGGAAUCGAGGGAGGCCUACGACAGAAGAUGGCCCGUCAUGGCAGCAACAAGCGCCUCACAAUGUCUUAUGGCCAUCGUGUAUCGCUCGCAAGACCUCCUUGUUUGGAAUUUCGAAGAACGUCGCCUCCACGAUAUCUACAACCGCGAAUGUGGCUCACGCCUCAAUGCGUCGUCGACGGUGCCAAUGCGUAAAUCCACGAUUCUUUGCCUCGCAUUCAGCGCGUCGCAGACAUCGAAUGCCUUGGUUGCGGGGUAUUUCGAUGGCGAACUGGUUUUGUAUGACACGAGACUUGGUAUUGUGAGAAAUACUGUCCCAGCAGUCAAUGCCCUAUGUAUGACCAGUUCCCACGACGGCCGAACAUUGGCAACCGGGGACGCCGAGGGCACGAUUCAGAUUUUCAACCUCGAAAACAUACACCGGCUUUAUCGCAUCACUUUCAAUGCCGAAUUUAUUGGCGUCCGAGCUCUCGCGUUCACGGGAGACGACCUUCGUCUACUUGAUAUCCGUGGAAAGCAGUGCCGCGUCUGGGAGCCACGAGCACUCCUCCGACAGGAAGUUGAUGAUGACGACAGCGACACGCUCUCUCUAUCUACAGCCACGCAUGAAGUUGAGUUCACCGGUGCUAUGGAUAUGAUCUAUAUCACAUGCAUUGCGGUGAUGGAACACGGGCAGUAUAUCCUAUGUGGUAAGGACGACGGCUCGGUACAGAUCUACGAAUGCGCAAAGGGAGAGACUCUUCAGACACUCUUCACGCAUAAGACUGCUGUCAAGCAUAUCAAAUUUGACGAAGUUAGCAAUACCAUUGUCAGCUUGGACCAGUCUGGUACACUUGCUUGCUACCAGCUCGUCAUGCUCAACAGAUCAAAGUGGCGCAUCGUGGACAUUUUUGAUGAACACGUCGAGGGCGCUGUUGAUCAGAUCCUCACAAACAGAGGCCUGUCACGCCUUCUUGUCUCAUCUGGCGAGCGUCAUGUGCUGUUCUCAGUAGACAAGGCAUUGCACAAAGAUCUGCCCUUACUUGAAGACCUGGAACCCGAGUAUGGCAUGAUCCUUCAAGACAUCAUGACGAAUGCGGAUAGGAUUCGAGUGGCUCGCCUCCCCGGCAGCCCUUACUUUACAACUCAUUGCGAGGCUCAACGACAGCUUGCACGAGAUGCAGUCGAGAUCCUGCUUUGGGAUGGCAACCGCCUUGGGAAAGCAACAGGUCCAGGGCCGAGCCCGGCCUUGGAUUCGCGACGUGAAUUUGCAGCAUUGUCCGACAAGGUGGACCACAUCAUCGGCACCUAUCAGAGGCGCUUGAUUUUCCUUCACUUGGAUGGUUGGGUCUGGAGUGUCCCACUAGAGAAUCUGGAUGUCGAAUCCGCCACUCACCACUUUUUCAUCCCUGCUGACUGGCUCAGCCUUAAUAACCGGCCUGAGCUGUGGGUGACAAGUCUCGGAGAUAUAAUAUUUCCCAAGGGCUCUGAAUUAGUGAUAGUGAAGCGUGGACUGGAGCUCGAACGGCCUUCGCCUUUCCCUGUUCGACCUGGCAGUGAUUCGAGAUUGCUGAGCAGCUCUCGAGGUCUUGUGAGCCGGGGUCAGCUCUCCUCAAUAGGAUCAACGCGGAACCCCCAAAGGAGAACCAGCGUUCCUGAUCCAAGUGGACCGCCUGGACAUGGAUCACGGAAGCACAGCAUGUAA